AUGAGCAACGACGGAGCAAGACAUGUUGGCAAUAGAGGAGCUGAAGAUCCAGCUUCUUCCUCUUCGAAUUACAUAGAAAAUAACAGAGGAGAGGCUCCAAAAUCGGUAAAUAGCCAGAAUAGAACGCAAUUAGACGCAGUCUCCAACUUUGGAAGUCAGCUAAUUAUUAAUCGGAGACGACAAGAAAAAAAUCCAAUGUUGAAGUAUGUUCGUAAUGUUCGUUAUGAGUGGGGCGAUCCUCCAGUCGAUUUCGAGUGUGGUCCAACAUGCGGUGUAAUCUAUAUAGCUAUGAAGUAUCAUCGUCUUCAUCCUAAUUACGUACACUCAAGAAUUGGAGGAAAAGGAGAGAACAAGUAUCAAAGUAAAAUUCUGCUGUGUCUUUGUAAUGUGGACGAAGCUCGGCAUCAUUUGCGUGAGCUGAAUCUUCUUUGUCAUCGAAUGGAUUGGUCUCUCAUUCUAUGUUACUCGUUGGAAGAGGCGGCGGAGUACAUUGAGAAUUUGAAGCUUGUCGAAAACAAGGAUCCCAAAUUCAAGGAUAAACAACAAUCCGGCAUAGCAGCGCCGGCAGAUCACAGAACGGCUCUUCUUAACAGUGCAAUUGGUAUUCUGACUGGAGCACGUAGCGUCACGAAAACAGAUGCUAAACGACUGCUCUUCAAUUUUGGAACUCUUCAUAACAUUUGUGAAGCAACGGAAGAUCAAUUAGCUUUAUGUCCUGGCCUUGGACCAAUCAGAGCCAAAAACUUAUACAACUAUUUGAGAACCAACUUGGCUUCAUAG